AACCAAGUUAAAACGAAAGUGCUUUACACAGAAGAUUGUUUCGGAUGUCAGACCAGCAAGUUUGUAUUUAAAGGAAUAUUGGGAAAUCCAUACGUCUUUUCUACGUUCUUAAUAAAGGGUGGCAUUAAACUUUCUAUCUCACUAAAAUCUGACAGCAACCAGUAUCACUGGGGUUUUUUAACCAAGGAACGGAUACUGUGCGGCCGAGGUAUGCUGAAAGGCCGCUGCUGUUUUCUUUUCAAUGACCUGAAGGUGCUACUGCUCAGGCCACAGACUCCGGGUGAUCCUCCUCCCGCGCUCGGCCCCAUGAGCGGACAAACGCCGACGCGCCAUGAGAGCGAAGUCAACUCGUACUCGUGCGUCGCAAGCAAUAACAACACACUGCGCGCCCAUCGACUACAACACUGGAAUACCCCGUCAACAGAAGACGCUGUGGGGACGGAGUUACAGAAGGACACGACGGGAUGGUCGGGCACGGCAACCGAGCUCUCCGGAGCUCUGCACAGCAGCUACUCCACUGAUGAGUUCGUCAAAGAUAAACGGGAUGAGAGGUUCUCCUUCAUCAGUUAUGCCGAGGGCACCCCUGUGUGCAGGAUAUGUUUUCAAGGACCAGAGCAGGGGGAGCUGUUAAGCCCAUGCCGCUGUAGUGGCUCUGUUCGCAGUACUCAUCAGCCUUGUCUCAUUAAGUGGAUCAGUGAGAGAGGCUCCUGGACAUGUGAGUUGUGUUACUACAAGUACCAGGUCAUUGCCAUCAGCACCAAGAACCCACUGCAGUGGCAGGCCAUCUCGCUAACAGUAAUUGAGAAGGUGCAGAUUGCAGCAGCCAUCUUGGGCUCGCUCUUCCUCAUUGCCAGCAUCUCAUGGCUGGUCUGGUCGUCCUUCAGCCCCUCAGCCAAGUGGCAACGGCAGGACCUGCUCUUCCAGAUCUGCUACGGCAUGUAUGGCUUCAUGGACGUGGUCUGCAUUGCUCUGAUCGUCCACGAGGGCCCUUCCGUGUUCCGCAUCUUCAGUCGCUGGCAGGCAGUCAAUCAGAAGUGGAAAGUCCUGAACUAUGACAAGAAGACGGACAGUGAGGAUCUGAAAGCCAGCGAGGAGGGUGAGUGGACACUCUCGCUGCAGGAAGGAGUCGGGAUAUCACCCUCUGCCUCCUCACUGAUGGCUGCCGCGGCCACGCCAGCCCCCGGUACACCCGGCACUGUGACGGCGGGCCCUGGUGUAGAUGACCCGCUGCAUAACCAGGCCAGCAGGCCAGCUGUGACCGACCAGCACUGCCCUUACAGCUUUCUCCAGCUCCUCAGCCACCUCCGGCCCCACGAACCGCGCAGCCAGCCGGCCCCAGCCAGCGUUGCCAGCAACCAGCCCAGGGAACUGGUCAUGAGAGUAACCACUGUGUGAGCAGAGAGGGAGUUACAUCCUUAUUGUUGUGGACAUGGAAAGUCAUAUAAGCACAAUAGAGUGACAGUUUUCUGUGCAAAAGUGCAAGUCUUGCCUGAGUGGAACAAAAGCACACGCCAUUUCCGUUUGAAAUGCAUAUUCUGUUAGGAUGAAGUCCUAUCCAGUGCUCAGGGCUCUGGAUGCUGUGUCUCAUUUGAUGCAUUUGAAGUGUGUCGAUAAGGGGUAUAACAUGAAUUUGCAUAUCUUUAACCUGUACACAGAUGGGGAUGAUACUGUUCUCCCUUGGCUGCAGCAUUGCAGAUAUAUAAAAAAAAAAGAUACUAUUACUAAGAUACUACUAAGCUAUACUGGUCUUUCUAGUAUAGCUGUGUCUCUCAAUCAGCCUGUCACUGUGUUUUCCCAAGGAACAUUGCACAAGAGAAAUUCAGAUUUCAGGCUAAAUGAAGACGACUGUCUUAUGCUUGUUGUGUGCUUUUCAAAAGCCAUUAUUGUCUCAAUCAUAUGGAUUGCCAUUACGUGUUUAUGUCACGUUAACAAUUUCCACAUGGUGUUUUAAGAUUAUUUUUGUCUUGUUGCUAUUUCACUUCUACUAAAGACGAAAUAAACCUCAGCAAUGCUGAUGUGAAGAAGAGCA